AUGAUAUUAGUAGCUAUUUCAGCAGGACUUUACGAGAUGUCUGACUUAUCAGAUGUUAUUAAGCCAGAUGAGGCUAAAUACACUCAAAUGAUGAAAUUUCAAGCCAAGCGCGAGGCAAAGAUCAAAGAAGCUCGCGAAUUAUUAAAGAAGAUGGAAGAGGAAGAAGCCAAGCGUAAAACCCAGGAAGAAGAAGGAAAAAUUAAGACUGAAUAA